CACCCCCCGCGCCAUCUUGCUGCGUGUGCGCUAGGGAGGGAGUGCUGAGCUGUGAGAGCGAGUCCGAGCCGGCCGGGAGGAUCUGUUCCCGCCAUGCCGCACUACCAGACCUGGGAGGAGUUCAGCCGUGCCGCCGAGAAGCUCUACCUCGCCGACCCCAUGAAGGUGCGUGUGGUUCUUAAAUACCGACACUGUGAUGGGAAUCUGUGUAUCAAAGUAACAGAUGAUAUAGUUUGUCUGCUAUAUAGAACAGACCAGGCUCAAGAUGUAAAGAAGAUUGAGAAAUUCCACAGUCAGCUAAUGCGACUCAUGGUAGCUAAGGAAUCCCGCAGUGCUGCCAUGGAAACAGACUGAAUUGCUGAAAAUAAAAUGAAAGCUCCAGUCGUAUUUCACGGGAAGAAAAUAUCACUUGGAUUUGAGCAAACAUUUGGGACAGGAGAUGUUUUAUGUAACGAAGUGGACUAUGAAAAGUCUGAAGCAUUUUUUUCCUCGCCCUAGACUCCACUUCAGAUAACUAGGAAAAUAAAUGCUUUCAGUGGAAAGCCUCUAUUUAUUUUUGAAAAUUAAGCAAGAAAAAUAUAUCCUCCAUGGAAAAUAUUCUUACUAGUCUUGCUUAACAUACCUUUAACCUGUAAAUAUUUUCUUUUGUAAAUCUACAAUACUCUAAUUUGAAAAUGAAAGGAAACAAGUGUAUCCCUCUGGAAAGUGAGAGCAUGUCUUGAUCUUAUUUGCAUUCAUACACCUGUGCUCGUGUAUUUUCACAAAUGAGAAAAUGUAUAUUAAUCUGACCCACUAAUACGAUAACUGUAAAACUGGAUCUAAUAACCUUUUACAUCUAAUGAUAUAUUAUAACAAUUUAGAAAUAGAACAGUCAUCUUCUAAAUUAAAAUUGCCAAAAAUUUUGUGUAAUAUUGUGCAACUAGCAAGUUUUUACGUAAAAGGUUUCUAGCUUUUAAUAUUAUGGCCAUAAGGUGUAUAACACUUCUAAAAGCCUGUGCAUAAUGGUUCCACAGAACACAUUCUAGAUUGCUGGUUCAAAUACAAAGUUGUCAUUAUCAGAUCCUCACCAUCUGAAAACUGUUCAGUAGCCUAUGUGAAGCUGGAAGGUCCCAAUCCAGUUAUCAAGCAAGUGUUCAUAUAAAAAGAAUCAAGGUCAUAUUUAAAAGUAGUUGGCAGAGAGGUAGAGGUUUGACUCCCAGGGCAGAGUUGAGGCAUGCUAGAGAGGACACUAUGGAAGCUUCCACAUGUGACCUGUUCUGUAGAUAAAUUACUUCAGUGUCCAAGUCUUAGUACUUGCCAAUGUUACAUUCACUUUAAUUUAAAAAAAAAAAAAGUAGACUGUCGACUUGAAUUCACAAGUGCUAACAUGUUUACCAAACUUAUACCUUAAAUAUCAAAGGAAAAGAAUGUAGUCAGUCUUGACACGCAUGUGGCUUAAGAAGCAAUGUUUCUUAUUGCUACCUUUGUUUAAUGGUAGAAGAUUCUGUUUACUCUUCUCUUGAACGCUUCCUGCUUGAAGACCAAAUGUUGGAGUUGGACACUUGCUUUGAAUAGAUACUGUAUACUGUUGUGAACUGAACUCCAUUUGGUUAAAUGCCAAACUGACUUCCUGUAUAUAACCAUUCUACUACUGUAACUGAGUUUUCUCCUACGCUAAUAUUUUGGUCAACUCCAAACCUUUAAAAGAAAAGAGCUUGCAAACUGAGUGUAAAUGCUGUACUUAAAUACUAGUUAUUUGCUCUAUUUUUUAAUAGAAACAAUUGAGUUCUCAAACUUAACUGGUAAUGUUGCUACUUAGAAGGAAUGGAAUUCCCAGUUUUUUGCCAAAGGUUUCAUAAAUACCCACAAAGUUAGUUUAUUCCAUUAAAUUAUUCUUUCAGUAGAAUGUUACAUAUUAUUGGAAGAUAUUUUAGCAUGUCGAACUGCCGUUUGCCAUCUUGAGUUCUGGCCUGUAAGGUUUGACGUCAGCAAAAUACAUUCAAAUCAAGACAAAGGCUCUAAUGAAGUCUUAUUGCUUGGAUAUUUUGUCAUGUCAACAAGACUGAGUUUGUUUUUGUGUCCUCCCCCUGCCUUCCCUCCUGUUCCCCACAAAAGCACUGGUUUCUAUUUCAACUUUACUUCCUCAUCCUGUUUAAUGAGUGUGAUGUUGAGGAUGGGUGUGCAUGGAGGUCUUAGAUUGUGUACAUAUUUCUGAAGUAAAGCAAGCGUAAUACUCUUACAAAACUAAGGAUAGUGGCUUAUAAAAUGUAAAAGUCCUAAAUCUGGACAAAAACUGACCUAUACCUGCCACCAUAAUGCUGAGGAUUUUUUUAAUAGGUACUUCAAAUGAUCUUAAAGUUUACAAGUAUUAGAACAACAUAGUGUUUUUAGAGUAGUUUGUGUUAAACCUACUGCACCUUUCUUAAGCAUUCUUGUGCACUAAAGCACAAGGCUAUCCUCUCCUAGAGCAGCAGUUCUCAAACUGUGGGUCGGGACCCCAAAGUGGGUCAUGACCCUGUUUUAAUGGGGUCACCAGGGCUGGCAUUAGCCUUCCUGGGGCUGAGGCAUAAGCUUAAAUCCAAGCCCCGCCGCCCAGGGCUGAAGCUCGAGGGCUUCAGGUUGUAGGCCCCCUGCCUGGUACUGAAGCCAUUGAGGUUCAGCUUUGAUACCACACCCUGCCCAGGGCAGUGGGGCUUUGGCUCCCCCCCUCUUCCCCCGGGUCAGCGAGGCUUGGGUGGGCUUAGGCUUUCGUCCCCCCUCCUGGGGUCAUGUUGUAAUUUUUGUUGUCAGAAGGGGGUCAUGGUACAAUGAAGUUUGAGAAGCCCUGUCCUAUAGGGUUAUUUGCAUACAGGAAAAGCAUACAGUACAGAACUAAGGACAGAUUUAAAUAUGCUCUCUGCAAGCAAAAUGGAUACAGGGGACAAAUGAAGUACGCUAAUAGUUUUCUCCAGAUGUUGUUCCUGGAAGGCGUUAUGUAGACAGGCAACAUGUCAGAAGGUGUAUUCUCAAUCUGCCUUUCAGUACUAAAUUUAACAGUAGUGUUCUACUGUGGACAUGAUCAUUAGGAUGGAGUUUUACUGUAGCUUAAGAUCCCACUGUUUCUUCUAAAUAUGAUCUUCUUUAAAGUUAGACUAAAUUAGAAAUGCAUUUAGUCCUUGGGAGAAAAGUCCAGAGCAUAAUAGUCAAUUUGGCAAACUAGCCAUGAAAUGCCAGUAACACCGCAAUCUGCUAUCCCCCUGGUUCAUUUGACUUGUGGAGACUUCCAGCAAGGGUACAUACUACAGAGAUGUUGGUAACAAGGCUUUUUACUGUUCAUGGAUUUCAAUCAGUGAGUUGAUCUGUGUCCUACUGCCAGUCACCUGUGUCAUCCAACUUUUGUGGUCCAUAUUUUUCAUUAAGCUGUGUUGACCAUAUAGCAUAGAUCUUCAUGGAGAUUUUAAUUGGACUCCGUGUGGGACUCAGUCUGUCCUUUGUUUUAGUGUUGUAAUUCUCUUGAUUGUUUUUUUUUUUUCAUUAGACUAUCUUCUCUUGAUCCUCAAAGGAAGAGGUGAAACCCUUACUCCCACUGGUUUGGGAUGUGUUUAUUCUUAUGUGAAGCUAUGUCCUUUCUACUUUCCUGUGGAAGUUCAAACUCUAGCUGGUGUGUGUAUAUCAAUCAACAAUUUUUAUAAAAGUUAGACCCUUGAAUGCAGGAAGGUACUUAACUGAGCUAGAAAAGUGGGAGUUUAGUCACAAAUUUAAUUUUAUUCUUUUAAAGCUUCUAGUGGAAGAAGCCAAGUGCCUAAGUCACUUCUGCAAAUGGAAUUUAGCAUUCUAGGGGCUUCAGGACCAUUUUGAAAAUGUUACUGCUGUUUUAAAAAAAAAAAAGUCUUAGUAAUUUACUCCAUAUUAUAUAAAAGCAUGCAGAAUACUCAACACAUUUUAGUUUUAGUUGACCAGGAAGGAGACAAUCUCUUGGUUUCUGGGUGAGACACCUGGGAGCACUCUCAAUUUUAAGUAGAGGAUUUUCAAGAUUCAGAGAGUCUGAUCUUUAUAGGAAGACUAAGUUGUCAUAAGGUUCAGUUACUCCUACAAUAUGAAAAAAUAAGACCACCAUCCUUAUCAAGCAAAGUGACAACUGAGGUGAAGGAGAGAUUUGCUUCAGUAAGGUCUGUAACACAACUGUGUUGUCUCGUAGUAUUCCUUCCCUCCAGUUUUCUGGUCAGUUCUUCUAUUUUGCUAAAGAUUUUUACCUGUUUUGUUUUUGUUUUUUUUUAAAUGAGCCCAUUGAUUCUCAUCUCAAGUCUUGUUUCUUUACAGAACUGCAUUUUCUGUCUCAGCCCUUCUAAGUCUUUAAGAAGCAGUGGGUGACUUUAGAGGAAGAGAACUUAGCUAAGACCUCUGAACUCUUGUUUAGGUAUUGUACUUUUGAAAAUGCUUUAUGUGAAGGAACCUUUUAAAAACUUUCUCUACCUUCAUGGUGAAGCUAUAUCACUUUCCUCCUGAUUAAUCAAAGAUGUGUCUUGUGCAGGAAUGGUUAAGGUGUUUGUCAUUCAUGCUUUUUUGAGGCUGGUGGUGUCCGCAGGGACACUUCCUUGGCAUUGUCCAACAAUCUUAAAUCCCACUUCAAAAAACUUUAGAAGUGCAAUUGCUUAUAUACCAGUUUUUGCUCAAGCUAUUGCUCAGGAUGAUCUAGCUGGAAAAAGCACAGAAGCAUCUGUAAAUGGUAAAAAGUCUCUUCACCCUCAAACAGGUUCAUGCUUGUCAGUUCAAAGAAACAAUGUUAUGUGACUCAUUCAAACAACCAAAUUGUUUAAGAACUUCAUAAAAAAAAAAAAGCCUUAAAAUAUUCAAGUGUUAGCAGGUCUAAUAUACAGGUAGUGCUAGGACUAGAUUCUUCUUUGAGUGGUGGUCCUUGUGUACUCCCACAUGGAUAUGCAUGUGCCUGAGCCCAGGAUUUUAGAAGUGGUGUCUGUUGGCCCCCAUACCUUUCCUCAUGCUCCAAAACGAGGACAUAAAGGGUGGCGUGGACUAAGCCCUCUCCAGUUCCUUCUUACUGUGGCAUAAUCCAAGUCAGAAUCUUUGUUGUCCUGAGAUCCUUUCUACUGUAUCAUUGCUCUAAAUAUACUGGCUGGGAGCGGCAAACCGCAGCCACUGGGAGCUGCAGGGGGCCGUGCCUGCAGACGAUCAACAUAAACAAAAUGUCUCGUGGUCCGCCAGCAGAUUACCCUGAUGGGCCAUGUGCCAAAGGUUGCCGAACCCAGUGUAUAAUUUCAUUUUUAUAGUAUAUUCUAGCAUAGUGUAGUUAGUUUCCUCCCUUUCCUGGAGAAUUUUUCUGCUUCAGAAGUCUGGGAUUAUUCCUAGGGUCCUAGCAUUCCAAAACUGUUUUCUGCAAGCAACAACCAUCAACACUGACUCUGCUGCUUGGGUGAGGUUCACAUCUGCAGCAACUGCAUUUCUUUUCUGCCCAGAACUUGAGGGUCAGUAACUAAAACUUAGAAAAUAUCUGAUGGAGAAGGUAGCGAGACCCCAAUCAAGUUUGGCUUGGGAACCUCCUCCCCUGACCUGUACAUCAGUCUCAGGAAGCAGGCUGCUCCUCUCCAAGCAUGACUUCAGGAAAGGAAGCUAAAACUGCCAAGACUAAGGAGAAGGCUUCACAUUAGAGUAAGGGGCACUUUCAUAGAUACAAGGAAAAGUCAUCUUUGUCAAAAACUGUCAUGAAGAGAGAGGAUCCCUCCCUGAUUCUGGCAAAGUCGUGAGAGACUGUGCAUGGGUGCUGUAGGAUGAUAAAAAUUAGAGUUAUCUUAAGUUUGGUUAAGAAAAAAAAUUCACUUUACAGUUCAUGGCCAGUAGAAAGAUGGCUCCAAUCAGCAAGUAAAUGAAGGCCAUGAGAAUAGUAAGUAGUGUUACUUUAAUGGGGGAAGGAUAUACGGUUCCUAAAAUAAAAGCUACAGUAACAUGAUAAACACAAAUUGUCUCAAAAGAAACAAACCCAAAUCAUCCCACUGUUCUGCUGGUAAGCAAGGCUGGGAAGGGGCAGGAAAAAAAGAGGCGGCCUUGGAAAAAGGAAAGAAGCUCAGAUAAACUGCUUCAAACUAGGCUUUUGCUAAAGCUAGUUAGCUGAAGGGUAUAAAGAGAGCCAUGAAUCCAAAGGUUUUGUCAGACCCUACCUGAUCGUGCUGGACCAUACCAGAAUGAGAUGGGUAUCCCUAGGUCUGGCCUAGUUGUAAGUCUACGGAUCACCUGCUUAUAAAUAUUAUUACUGUAUUGGAUGUUAUACAUGUUUAGAGCAACUGCAUAAAGUACCCUUUGGCCUUCAAUUUAAUUUAAUUAAGGAAUUCAUGGUUAAAUUGGUGUUUUGGUAAGUUCCCAUAACAUUAACAAUAUUUGAAAUUAUUAAUAAUUCCAACAGACACUAAGGACUACGACCAAAGUAAAUCUCUGCAGGAAAUGGUGGUGAGCAAGGGUAGGGAUCUGACAGCUCUGAUAGCAAAGACUCAGGUUAAAUAGCUUGCAGUGCUCUUAUCCAGUUUUAGAGCCGAUGUACCCAUAUCAGCACGGUCCCAUGUGGCUCAACUUCCAGUGUGACUGGGGAAGCUCCAGUUCAGACAGUUUCUGCAGGUGGACCUUCCUCAUACUCCAGGGUGGUCUGAGAGCUUUGAUCUGACCUGGCCACAUUCACCCCUCCUAUCAGGAUCUUCUUUAUUCCAGGACAUUGUUACACCAGGGGAAGAGACUAUCCUGAUGAUUCAGAGUUGUUCUCCCUACCCACCUGUCAGUCUCAAGGCACAGCCAUUGAUUGGUACCAUCAAUUCUGCUGGUAGUCCAGGGUCUAGCCUCUUCUUCUGCUGAGUUGGAUGCUCCGCAGGAGUUUCUGCAGCUCUGAGGAGAGAUGGCCUGGACAGAAGCCAUAGAAGAUCAGGGUUCUGGCCUCUGCCCAGACACAGUUGGCCAUGAGAUAGGUGGUAACCUAUGCCCUGGGGGGGUCCUCCACUGACAAUACUGGAGACCAUGGGAGCCCCACCCUAGACAUCCAGGAUCGAUGCAUGAGCCCCAUUUGUUAUCACCUAGCCAUCUAUAACUUGCUCCAUGGGAGUAUUUGGAGGAAGGUGAGCCAGUUCUAAUGGUUCCAGGAAAAAUGUCGUCAUCUUCACUGGCUGAGAUGGUUUCUUCAUCUUCUCUGUCUCCACCAGAUGAUUUUAAACAAUAUCAAUAGCUCAUUCACAGGAUAGUGGCAGAACUACAGAGUCAGUUUAAGGAAGUCCAGGAGCCUCAGCACAGAGUACUGGACAUUCAGCAACCUUUGAUCUCAGUCGAAUGUCCCCCUCACCCCACUGAGGCCAUUAUGGACACAGAAAAGAUGGUUUGGCACAUUCUUGCUACUACUACCCCUAAGACUACUUAGGUGGACUACUACCCCUAAGGGUAUGUCUACACUACAAAAUUAGAUCGAAUGUAUAGAAGUCGAUUUUUUUAGAAAUCGAUUUUGUGCAGUUGUGUGUGUCCCCCCAAUUAAGACCAUUAAGUCGGCGGAGUGCAUCCACAGUACCAAGGCUAGCGUUGACUUCCAGGGCAUUGCGCUGUGGGUAGGUUUCCCACAGUCUCUGCUGCCCAUUGGAAUUCUGGGUUGAGAUUCCAAUGCCUUAUGGGGUAAAAAUAUUGUCGCGGGUGGUUCUGGGUACAUGUCAUCAGGCCCCCCUCUCCCCCGUGAAAGCAACGGCAGACAAUCAUUUCACGUCUCUUUUUCCUGGGUUACCCGUGUAGACGUCAUACCAUGGCAAGCAUGAAGCCCGCUCAGCUCACUGUCACCAUACGUGUCCUGGGUGCUGGCAGACACGGUACUGCAUCGCUACACAGCAGCAGCUCAUUGCGUUGUGACAGCAGACAGUGCAGUACAACUGAUAGCCGUUGUCGUCUCCUGGGUGCUCUUGGCCAACUUUGGUGAGGUCGGUCGGGGGCGCCUGGGCAGACAUAGGUGCUCCUGUCAGACCUCGGUGAGGUCUAUCGGGCUGCCUGGACAUAAAUGGGAGUGAUUCCAGGUCAUUCUCUUCUUAAGUUUCGUCUCAUGGAGAUUCAGUCUGCCUGGAAACCAUGAUGGCUACAGUUGUACUACACCGUCUGCUGGCGAGCACCCAGGAGACUAUGAUGGCUAGCAGUCGUACUGCAGCAUCCACUGCCAGCUUACCCCUUGCUUCCCCCCUCCCUCCCUCCUUCCCUCUGUGAAAGCAACGGCCCACAAUAGUUUUGCGCCUUUUUCCAUACGGGCGCCAUAUUGCUGUCAGCAUAGUCAUCCACCUGCCGCUUCCGCUGCCACUCUGCUCUCCUGCAGAUGCCAUACCACGGCAAGCAUGGAGCCUGCUUAGAUCACAGUGGCAGUUAUGAGCAUUGUAAACAUCACGCGCGUUAUCCAGCAGUAUAUACAGAACCAGAACCCGCAAAAGCAGGCGAGGAGGUGAUGGCAGUGCGGUGACGAGAGUGAUGAGAACAUGGACACAGACUUCUCUCAAAGUACGGGUCCCGACAAUUUGGACAUCAUGGUGGUAACAGGGCAGGUUCAUGCUGUUGAACAUGGAUUCUGGGCUCGGGAAACAAACACAAACUGGUGGGACCGCAUAGUGUUGCAGGUCUGGGAUGAUUCUCAGUGGCUGCAAAUCUUUCCCAUGCAUAAGGGCGCUUUCAUGGAACUUUGUGACUUGCUUUCCCCUGCCUUGAAGUGCAAGAAUACCAAGAUGAGAGCAGCUCUCGCAGUUCACAAGCAAGUGGCGAGAGCCCUCUGGAAGACUGCAACGCCAGACAGCUACCGGUCAGUCGGGAAUCAAUUUGGAGUGGGCAAAGAAUGUGGGGGCUGCUGUGAUCUAAGUAGCCAACACAGUCGCUGAACUGCUGCUAUCAAGGGUAGUGACUCUGGGAAAUGUGCAGGUUAUAGUGGAUGGCUUUGCUGUAAUAGGAUUCCCUAACUGUGGUGGCGAUAGACGGAAUGCAUAUCCCUAUCUUGGGACCGGACCACCAAGGCAUCCAGUACAUAAACCGCAAAGGGUACUUUUCAAUGUUGCUGCAAGCAUUGGUGGAUCACAAGGGAUGUUUCACCAACAUCCUGGGAUGGCCGGGAAAGGUACAUGAUGCUCGCAUCUUCAGGAACUCUGGUAUGUUUCAACAGCUGCAGCAAGGGACUUUCUUCCCAGACCAGAAAAUAACCAUUGAGGAUGUUGAAAUACCUAUAGUUGGGGACCCAGCCUACCUCUUGCUCCCAUGACUCAUGAAGCCAUAUACAGGCAGCCUGGAUAGUAGUCAGGAGCUGUUCAACUAUAGGCUGAGCAAGUGCAGAAUGGUGGUAAAGUGUGCAUUUGGACGUUUGAAAGCACGCUGGCAGUUUACUGACUCGGUUAGACCUCAGCAAAAACAAUAUUCCCAUUUUGACAGGUUUCAGAGUAGCAGCCGUGUUAGGCUGUAUCUGCAAAAAGAAAAGGAGUACUUGUGGCACCUUAGAGACUAACAAAUUUAUUUGAGCGUAAGCUUUUGUGAUUCCCAGCAUUAUUACUGCUUGCUGUGCGCUCCACAAUAUCUGUGAGAGUAAGGGGGAGAUGUUUAUGGCGGGGUGGGAGGUUGAGGCAAAUUGCCUGGCCGCUGAUUACACGCAGCCAGACACCAGAGUGGUUAGAAGAGUACAGGAGGGCGCGGUGCACAUCAGAGAAGCUUUGAAAACCAGUUUUAUGACUGGCCAGGCUAAGGUGUGAAAGUUCUGUUUGUUUCUCCUUGAUGAAAACCCGCCCCCCUGGUUCACACUACUUCCCUGUAAGCCAACAGCCUUCGAUCACCGCUUGCAAAGGCAAUAAAGUCAUUGUUGUUUCAAAAUCAUGCAUUCUUUAUUAAUUCUUCACACAAAUAGGGGGAUAACUGCCAAGGUAGCCCAGGAGGGAAGCGUGGGGUGGGGUGGGGGAGGAGGGAAGGACAAGGCCACACUGCACUUCAAAACUUAUUGAAUACCAGCUUUCUGUUGCUUGGGCAGUCCUUGGCGUGGAGUGCUGGGGGGCCUGGAGGCACCCCCACCCCCUGCAUUCUUGGGCGUCUGGGUGAGGAGGCUAUGGAACUUGGGGAGGAGGGUGGUUAGUUACACAGGGGCUGUAGCGGCGGUCUGUGCUCCUGCCUUUUCUGCAGCUCAACUGUACACCAGAGCAUAUCAGUUUGAUCCUCCCGUAGCCUCAGCAUUGCCUCCUGCCUUCUGUCAGCAAGAGGACACCACCUAUCAUCUUCAACCUGCCACCUGUCCUCAUAUUCAUAUUGUGCUUUCCUGGACUCUGACAUUGCUUACCUCCACACAUUCUGCUGGGAUCUUUCAAUGUGGGAGGACUGCAUGGGCUCAGAACACUUCAUUGUGAGUGUGUUUGGUUUUUUUCGCCUUUUAAUUUUCACUAGCCUCUGGGAUGGAGAUCGGAUGGAGAACUAUUUUCAUCUGUGGGAGGGGGGAAAAAAGGGAGAGUACUCGGCCUUUUGGCUAAGAACGGGGUAAAGCCUUCGAACUGACCUGCAAAUGGGAUGCCAGCAACCACUUCCUCGCUGGGGGGCGGCUUCACCUGUUUCGCCGACUGGCAGUUCAUCCACCGAGCCCGGCUCAACUGCGUCCCACUCAACAGAGCCGUCCACCACUGGAACCGAGACAAGCGUUGCAGGAAGUGCGACUACUCCAACGAGACCCUGCCCCACGUCCUGUGCAGCUGCAAGCCCCACUCCAGAGCCUAGCAGCUGCGCCACAACGCCAUCCAGAACCGUCUAAUGAAAGCCAUCACACCGCGUCUGGGGGAGGUCGCCGUGAACUGCGCCAUCCCUGGUACUGACAGGCAGUUGCGACCUGACAUGGUAGUCACCGACGAGGCCCAGAAAAAGAUCAUCCUCGUCGACGUCAUGGUCUCCUUUGAGAACAAGACCCCGGCCUUCCGCGAAUCCCGAGCUCAUAAGCUGGAAAAACAUGCCCCCCUGGCCGACACCCUGAGAGCGAAGGGCUUCAAGGUGCAGAUGGAUGCCCUGAUGGUCGGAGCCCUGGGCGCUUGGGACCCCUGCGACGAGCGUGUGCUGUGGACCUGUGGGAUUGGUCGACGCUACACACAGUUCAUGUGGCACCUCAUGGUCUCAGACACCAUCCGAUGGUCCAGGGACAUACAUCGAACACAUCACCGGCCACCGAGAGUACCAGGAGGUGUGAGCCAGUAUGACCUCGUGCAUCAACUAUGGGAAAGGGACUGAGAGACUUUUUUCCAUUGGACCAUAUGAACUGGAACCAUAAACUCACUGAACAUUAAAUCCCACCAAAUGAGGGUAGAUCCAUCCUCAUCAUCGUAUCCGCUCAUUAUACUCCACACCUGAAUAUAGCCGUUAUAUGGACAACAUACCCCCAUAUCUCAAUGUCUGUACUUUGACCAGUUAAACUUUUUACCCCCAAUCAGGGAGAUUGCAGAUUAUGUAUUCCUUACGCCACCCGUUCCUAAACCGAAUUUCACACCCCUUGAUAAUCUGUACCUUUUUCCCUGAUAACCAGAAACUUCUAUGCUUGAACUCUGUACCGUUUUCUUUUUACUUCAACAUUAUCUUAAUAAAAUUAUUAAAUUUGGUCUUUUGGCCUCGAGAUGAAAA